AUGGAAAAUAGAAAAGAAAGUCACUCGCGAUCGGUGACUGUACUUACGGAGUUCAUACCCAUCUCCGUCAUCCUAUCGAAUUGCUUCCGUUCAACAGAUAUCCUCUGGAGUUCUUCCAGAACCAUUCCGGUGAAACUCACUUACUGUACAAGUCAGCUCAAGCCAGGGAUCAGUCAGACGACACAACAUAACAUGGAAGAAGAUUCAGUUCCAGAUCCAUGGGCUGAUGUUCCUUCUGUACCUCAUCCGGAUCUUCCCAUAGCAGAUCCCAGUUCUCAAAAAUCAUCACCACAAACCAAACCACUUCCUCUUUCCAUCACCCCCUUUCCGAUUGACGAUACCACCUCUGAUCCACUUUCGUCUCCAUUAGAUACUUCAGAGAAUCAGGAUGAAGAUGAUGGAUUUGACGAAUUUGAUCAAGCUGGACCGAAUGUAGAGAAUGGGGAUGAUGGAUUUGGUGAUUUUGGUGAUUUCGAACAGGGUGAUGAUGGGGAGAUGAACAUGGUCAAUGAGCCGGAAGAUAUAUGGUCCCCUUUAAAGUUAAAACCCUUACCUACGAUUGAAGAAAUAACAAAGCAAGUAUCAAGAAUAUUGAAACCUCUCAUACCCGACGAAGAAGGGUUGACAGAUGAACCUCUUAGGAUGAUAGGAGGUUUAGGACAAAUCAUGUCUUCUUCAUCUACACGAGAUAUAUACGCUCAACUCACUACACCUCCUAUGCUCAAACCUCUCGAUUGGACACGUUCAAGAGUCAGAAGAGAACAUUUGAUAUCAAUGGGUGUACCAGUCAAUUUAGAUGAAGUUGAUUCUCAUCGAUUAUCAUCUUUACCACCAUUACGUAUAACUACCAAUCCUAAUCUUCAUACUAUCCCUUCGAAUGGAAAUGGGAAUGGGAAUGGGAACUAUAAAGGGAAGAAUAGAGAAAGUAGGGAUGUUUCUCCAUUAGGAAAUGGUCGACCUGGUAGUACUACCACACCGUUUACAACUGGAAGAGAUGGUCAUGGAUUUGGACAAAGACCAGAGAUGGAUAUGAUCAGAGCGGAAAAGUUAUGUGGAAUAGAAGAAGACGCUUUAUCCAUCAUGUCAUUAUCUAAUUUGAAAAAUUUACAAAACGAACUUGUCAACAUUACUUCACAAGCUUCUUCCACUUUAGCAUGGUUAUUACAACUUCGAGAUUCUCAAAUACAAGAUUCAGCCACUUAG